UUUACUCAAAAUUAUUAAAAUUUUAAUAAAUAAAAUAAUGAAAACAACACGUAGUUUGUAGUUUUACUAUAAUCUAUGUUAAAACGAACAUGUUUUCAAAAACUGUGGAACUAUAAUUUGCAUAUUCAUCUUGUAAACAGCAGCUUGGCAACACUAUCCAUGUGUGGGUAUGGCUAGUUCUCGUUAGUGAAUUGGAUUCGUGUAAAAAGUGUGUGACCUUCUAAGCCCUAGCUAGGAACAACAGAUUGACAACAGAUUGAGACUGAACGACAAAAUGGACACAGAAUAUUUGAAGAGAAAUCUGGGGAGCUGUUUGACCUCGGUAUUGGCUGAGGUCGCAGAGAAACGACCUAUGGAUCCAAUUGAAUACAUAGCGCAGUGGCUGUACAAGUUUAAGGAAAAUGAAUGCUACUAUGCUGAGGAGGAAGCCAGAGGUAAACAACUUGCCAUCGAGAGAGUGGAGGCAGAGAAAGAAAAACAGCGUCAAGAAAUUAUGAGACAAGAAGCGGAGAAACUGGCUCAAGAAGAAGCUGAAGCAAGGAAGGCUGAGGAGCCACCACCAGAAGUUCCCGUAGAAGAAGAUAAGUCGGCAGUCUCCAAAGAAAGAAGCAAUCUUCCUGGUGCGCCAAACCUUGAGACUGUUCCAGAGGGGGAGGAACAGCAGGAGGAAGAGCAGGUAGCCCCAGCCGAGGAUGCCGAACAAACAGAAACAAAGGAGGAGGAUGAAGACAAAGAGGAAGAGAAAGAGGAAGACAAAGAGGCAGACGGAGAUAAUGCUCAGGAUGCCGACGCUGACGAGGCAACGGGAGACGGAGAGCAACAGGCCGCUGAGACCGAGCAAGACGCGGAGGAAGCAAGCUAGCAAGUUGUCUUGUCUAGUGGGAUAGGAGAUGAAAGUAGCGGGUCAGAUGGGGACUAGGAUUUGUAAAAAGGAUCAAGAUUUUCACAUGCCUUGAGUUAACCCACAGCACCCACAGCAAUUACCAUGGUACCUUGUGCUUUUGCUGUUGUGCCCUUUGCUAAGCUCGGUGCAAAUUCAAAUGUUCCUCAUCGAGUACUUCUUAAAGGCACUGGACACAUUUGGUAAUUGUCAAAAACCAGUAUUCUCACUUGGUAUAUCCAAACAUAUGC